AUGUCUGGUGGUAGAGGCUACGAACCUUUGACCGGUUCAGAUCAGCUGGGAACUAGGUCUGAUCCAGAAUUUGAACUGUCUCAUUUCACAAGUCAAAAUAACAGCAGCAAGAAAGAUUCUCACAACAGUUUAGAAGGCGAAGAAGAAGAGCCAGAAGAUCGAGAAGGCACUAAUGACACUACAAAUUUAGAAUAUGGUAUUGAUGAUAAUUAUGAUAAUGACGAUGAAUUUGUCAACGACGUGAUACGUGAAAACAAUAAGAAAUCCACAAUGAAAUGGGCAUUUAUGAACAUGGCUAAUAGUAUUUUGGGAGCAGGUGUUAUUGGCCAACCUAUAGCAAUAAAAAAUUCUGGAAUCGUGGGCGCUAUAAUUGCAUAUUUAGUGCUUUUCGUCCUGGUGGAUUGGACUUUAAGAUUAAUUGUCAUCAAUUUAACUCUUGCUGGCAAGAAGACUUAUCAAGAUACGGUCGCUUUUGCCAUGGGCAAGCGUGGUAGAAUUGCCGUUUUAACAGCUAACGGUCUGUUUGCAUUUGGUGGUUGCAUUGGGUUUUGUAUUAUUAUUGGUGAUACUUUACCUCACGUUUUCAGAGCCUUCAUCCAUCAGAAUAGUGUCUUUCUCAGUAGAAGAUUGAUUAUUACCAUUGUAACUAUAUGCAUAUCGUACCCAUUGGCUCUACAGAGGAAUAUUGCGGCAUUGUCAAAGGCGUCCUUCUUGGCGCUCAUUAGCAUGGUUAUUAUCGUGUUUACCGUCAUUAUAAGAGGGCCGGAAAUUCAUGCCAAGCGUGACCCUCUAACUUGGGAAGAUAUUUUGGUUACUCCAAGGAUUUUCCGUGGUAUUUCUGUGAUAUCGUUUGCAUUGGUAUGCCAUCAUAAUACGAGUUUUAUCUAUUUCUCCAUCAAGAACAGAAGUUUACGAAAAUUCAAUAGAUUAACACAUAUUAGUACUUCAAUUUCUGUGGUAUUCUGUAUGAUUAUGGGGUUCUCAGGCUUUGCGGCCUUUGGUCAAAAUACCAAAGGUAAUGUUUUAAACAAUUUUUCCGCAGACGAUAAGGCGGUAAACAUUGCCAGAUUAUGCUUUGGAUUUAACAUGCUUACGACUUUCCCACUAGAAAUUUUUGUGUUAAGAGAUGUGAUUGCUUCAUUUAUUGGCGGACAUCAACCCAAUGGUGAUCCCAAUGUUUUAUCCAAGAGCAAUCAUUUUAUCAUUACUACAAUUUUAGUAUUUGGAACCAUGUCCAUUUCUUUAUUGACUUGUAACUUAGGAGCAAUUUUCGAGUUGAUCGGUGCUACGACAGCAUCGAUGAUGGCCUAUAUUUUGCCGCCAUGGGUUAACUUACUACUUACUAGUGAUAAAACCUUUAGGCAGAAAUUGCCCCAUUUUGCAUGUAUUGCGUUUGGCUUUAGCAUCAUGUUAAUCAGUAGCAUACAAACUAUUCUAGAUACGAUGAAUGGCACUGACGAGAAGCAGUGUGAGCUAUGA